AUUGAGAUGAUUUUAGUCGGUUUUCAUUUGUAGUCUGUUUUGCUAGACAACGACAAUGUUAUGAACAAUGAAGAUUUUAACUGAAGAUGUCAGCAGUAUUUCUACAUGUCGGGCAAUGCGGAAACCAAAUAGGAAAGGCUUUCUGGAAGAAAACAUCACAAGACAAAGCUGUUCAUGAAGGACACACUUUUAUACACCCUGAUGGAAAACAUAGAUCUGUACAUGUAGAUAGUGAGCCAAAAGUUGUGCAAAAGGCUUGUAAAGGUCUCAAAAUAAGAGAUGGAAGCAUUGUAUCUGGAAAGAGAGGAAGAGGAACAAAUUGGGCAUUAGGUUACCAUGGACUUAUGAAGAGUGGAGAAGAUCACAUACUAGAGGAUACUGCCAACCAAGUCAGGAAAGAAAUUGAGAGAUGUGACAUGUACAGUGGGUGUAUAAUGAUGCACAGUUUGACUGGUGGUACAGGAUCAGGAUUAGGAUCUCGUCUGUGUGAGGCCAUGAGGGAGGAAUAUCCCAUGAAACACCUGAUUUCCUGUACUGUGGCACCAUGUUUGACAGGAGAAAGUCCGUUACAGAACUAUAAUGCUUUGCUAACACUGUCAUACCUUCAAAGGAAUACUGACUGUGUUGUUCUGACCUAUAACGAUGACGUUCUCGGAAAACUGCAGAGAAAGAUGGAGAGUGUUUCUUUUGAUGCCAUGAACACCUCUAUAGCAUCUGCUCUAUGUGGGGUAUUCCUGCCUACAGAUACCAUGACACCAAAAAGGUUAGAUUAUAUCCCCUUACAUAAAGUGACCAUGUUUCUUUUGAUACCAUGAACACCUCUAUAGCAUCUGCUCUAGGUGGAGUAUUCCUGCCCACAGAUAC